CACGACAGUAGCAGCAGCAGCAGCCUCCUGGUGGUCAGGAUCCUGGCGCCCAGCCCCUCCCGGGGCCCCUGUCUCCUGGACAGCGGCAGCAGCAUGAACGGCAGCGUGGCGCCACCGGGGGUGGUGGAGGCGGCGGUGGCACCGCUGCCCUCGCCCGGCUGGCGGGAUUUCUGCGAGGCCCAUGCCCGGGCAGCCGCCCUGGACUUCGCACGGCGUUUCCGCGCCUUCCUGAGCGAGAACCCCCAGUUUGCAGCACCAGGGGCCGAGGCUGCCUUCUCCCGCCGCUUCGCGGAGCACUUCGUGGAGCACUUCGAGGCCGAGGUGAGCCGGGCCUGUGCCGGCGACUCACCCCCCCGCUGCGACAUUGCUCCCUUCACUGGUGCCCACCAUUGUCCUGGGGGCGCCUCCUCCUCCUCCACCCGCGACCUCUCCGAGACCUGCAGCGACUCCUCGGUGGCCUCUCCGGUGGAGCCGCAGCCCGGCCUGGCCUCGGGGUUGUCCAGCAGCCAGUCUCGUAGCUCUGAGGACGUCUCAGCCUCUGCCGCGACUGCCAGCACGAAGCCUAAGCUCAAGAAGCGCUUCUCCCUGCGCAACGUCAGCCGCAGUGUGCGGGGCAGCAUGCGAGGCAUCCUGCAGUGGAAGAGCUCAGCCGAGUCCCCCACCGAGGAGGAGGCUGGCGGGGCCAACACCAAUUCCAACUCCUCGGGGGGCGGGGCCGCGGACUCCUUGCCCACCGAGCGCUGGACACACAAGUUUGAGAGGCUGCGGCUCAGCAAGGCGCCUACCCCCAAAGUGGAACUGUCCAGUGUGCGCCGGGAGGGGCUGCUCAAUUAUAUCGUGGCUGAUGACAGCGGAGGGGGGGCUGGCAGCCGGGCCCGAUGGCAGAAAUGCCGGCUGCUGCUGCGGAAGGCAGGCAAGGGAGAGGGCGAGGGCUACCUGCUGGAGUUCUACAUCCCCCCCAAGUCCACCAAGGCCCGGGUCAGCAUCCUCUGCUCGGCGGUGACAGAUGUGCGCACCACCACGCCGCUGGAGAUGCCUGACAAGGAAAACACCUUUGUCUUAAAGAUGGAGAACUCUCUCGAGUACAUCCUGGAGACGGUCGAUUCGCUGCAGAUGAGGUCGUGGCUGGCCGACAUCCAGGACUGCAUGAGCCCGGGGGAGAACACGGACAGCACAGACCUGCCCUGCCUCAACCACUCGGAGAGCAUGCCAAGCCGGGAGCUGCCCCUGCUGCCCAGCGAGAGCAACGAGCAGCUCUCCCAGGGUGCGUAUGGGGGUCUGUCCGAGCGCCCCUCGGCUUCCAUCUCCCCCAGCUCCAUCUCCAUUGCUGCUUCCCACUUCAACUCCAUGGAGCUGCUGCCUCCUGAGCUGCCCCCCCGGGUACCCAUCGAUGAGGCAGCUGAGCGGCUGCAGGGUCCCUACCCCCCUGGCCUGCUACACACGCCCUUCCCCGACACUCCUGACGCCACAGGUACGGAGCAGAGGAGUCCAUGCGGGGAUACUGGGGGAGGACGUUAG